GUCAUCUUGACAAUUUGGCGUAGAGGGUGAAUAUAUUUUUGCUAUGAUUGUUGUCAAUGCUGUGCUCGAAUGCAAUAUUUAAACAAUUAAGUUUGGACUACCCUUUUAGUGACAUCAUACAAUACUUUCUAUUCUUAUAAGGACAUCGUCUCGAUAGUUAUGCGAGCUAUCUUCCUUAUCACAUUACUCUUCCAGAUUAUGUUCAUGACUUCCAAUGCAACGUCUCGCUUAGGAGAAUGGAAAGAAGUGGAAGAGAGCAUUCAAGAGCGCAAGCCAAACAAUCCGCCUCCAUGUCGACCAGGUGUAAAAUCACCUAGCAUUACGGUCCUUCAUGAAAUCAGGCCAAACAAGCCUCCGCCUUGUCGACCAGGCGUAAAUGCAAAGAGCAUCUCUCUCAUUCAUGCUCCAACUGCAGUUAUUCAUACUGUUCAAGAUGGUGAUUCAGGCAAGCCAGCUUUUGAUCAUAAAGGCAAAAAGCCGAUAGAUGAUCACCGCGAUAGAGAUAAGCCAGGAAAGAAGUCAUCAUUGUUGAAGAAAAUGUUCAGAUUCUGACGAACAAGAUUUCAACUGCCAUCAAUUGAGAGCUGAAGUUGAUGUGGUGAUAGUCAAGCCUUGAGCAGUGAUUGCUAUCGGUUAGACCGGGAAGAUAUGAUCGAAGGAAGAGCUUAAAAUUGGGCGCUAGAUCAGUGUUGAAAGUGGAGUCAAUAU